AUGUCAACCGUGGAUGCCGUUGGAGGGGUUGCGUCUGCGUCUUCUCCUGCUGCUGCUGCCAGCAGCUCGCAGUCAGGAGGACCAGCAGUGUCGGAGGCAGUCAUUGUGGGAGGAGGUUUGGCCGGCCUCGCAUUGGCUAUCGGACUCCGUAACAUUGGGAUUGACGCGCAGGUGGGGUGCUGUUUGGAAGCAGGCAUGCUCUGGAAUCAGGUGUAUGAGGCGCGCAGGGAGGUGGGAGGAGGUGAGGGAACCCUCAUCGCCCUCUAUCCCAACGGGCUCAGGGCUCUCAGCAGAAUCGACCCUGCCAUCGUGCCCCAGGCAUGUGCCACUUAUUUCCCUCUCAAGUUCUGGCCUCUACUUAACUUCCCUCAAAUCAUGCUCGGAAUGCUCUGCACAUUCCUAUUUCACCGUUUUCUCCUGUUUCCUCGUUUUCCCCCGUGUCCUCAUUUUCACCUGCUUCCUCGUUUUGUGUUGCUUCCCCUUCUCUUUCCCUCGGUUGACAUCCCGUGGAGUACCGGGCUCCACCAGUCUCAACCGCUCUCCAUCCAGAGAUCUCCUUUCCAGUGGGAUAUUGCGUCCAACAUGACCGCCCAGUUCCCCCCCCCCCCCUGCUCACCAUCUGAUCUGAUAUCCCGUGGAGUACCGAACCCCAUCGUCCUCAGCCGCUCUUUAACUGGCGAGCUUCUUUUCCGGUGGGAGCUUGCGUCCAACAUGACCCCCCGCUUUGGCUUUCCCAUGCUCUGCAUCCGCUGGCGAGAGAUACUCGACGUGUUGCACGGAAUGCUGCCAAACGACGUUGUCCACACUGGGCAUAAGCUUGUGGAGUUUUCACAGGAAGCAGAGGGGAGUGGUGAGGGGAGCGGUGCAGCCACGAAGAGUGCCUCGCAUUCACCUUCUGCCUCCUUGUACCUCGUUCCACCACAUUUCACCCCUUCUUUUCUUUUCCCCCCCAUCCUCCAGACCCCGCUGUUGCUGGGGGCAGACGGCAUUCACUCGGAGGCACAGAAGCAUCUGCUGAGCGGUUCAGCAGAAGGCAAGGGAGUGAGUCCGCGGGACAACGGUAGAACCAUCUGGAGGGCCAUCAUUGACAGCAGCCUCUGCCCGCACCCUCUGCUGCAGCCACGUCACGCACUCACUUUUCUUGGCGUCAAACGCAUGGUAGCCUUUGUCGACUCUGGAGCAGAAAAGCUCUACUGGGUUUUAACUCUCAACGAUUCCGCCGAUCCGACGGUCAGCAGCGCGCGGUCCAGCGGGGGGGAGGAGGCGCGGGGGAAGAUCCUGCGGGCGUUUGAGGGAUGGGAUGUGGUGGAGCAGGUGGUCAAGGCUACUCCCCCCGAUCUCAUUCUCGAGCGCCGCGUGCUCGACCUCCCGCCCCUGCCGUUCUGGGUCCACGAGAGCACCGCUCUUCUCGGAGAUGUGGCGCAUGCAGUGACGCCAGGGCAGGGCGCUAAUAUGGUGUUUGAGGAUGCGGCGCAGCUGGUGGAGUGCCUUCGGGUACACUCGCAUGCCAGUUUUGCAUCCACCCACCCUCCCUCUCUUCCUCUCGUCGUCCUGCCCUCCCAAUCCCCCUUUGUUGCAUCAUUAGUGGUAAACCAUCCUCCUCACACCCUUACUGCUGCCUCACCGUUCCUCCUUAAACCCCCAUGUCAUCCCAAAACGGUACCUAAGAGGACGCUCUCUGCAUGCCACGAGUGCAAGCGGUGGCAUCUCGUCACAUUUGUCUCUCCCUUGCUUGCUAUAUCUCCCUUGCUAUUAUCCAUCCUCCUCCCUCCCUUACUGUUUGACGCGCUUCACUCCUUCCAGUCCCUCCGCAUGCCACGAGUGCAAGCGGUGGCAUCACGUUACGCUGCCGCCUCAAAGACGAUUUAUGGCGCCAAGAAAGAGAAGAAGGCAGCAGUGAAUGGGGGAGGAGCAGGCAGUGAUCGAAGUGAGGAGGAUGAAGUGCCAAAGAUUGAAGAGGUUCAAGCGGCAAUGGCUGCAGUGGCGGCACGAGAGGGGCGUGAUCCUGAUGUGGAUCUGUAUGGUUAUGACAUCGUGGUUUGGGAGGGGGAGGAUCGUCGUGUUGCGAGUGUUCUGCACCAGUCGGAGCCACAGCUGAUUUCCCGUGGAGUACCGGACCCCAUCAGUUUCAACCGCUCUCCAACGGGCGAUAUCCUUUUCCGGUUUGAACCCGCGUCCAGCAUCACUGCCCGCUACGGCUUCCCCAUGCUCUGCAUCCACUGGCAAGAGGUGCUCGAUGUGCUGCGGGGAAUGCUGCCAAACGAUGCCGUUCACAACGGGCACAGGCUCGUGGAGUUUACACAGGGAGAGGAGGAAGAGGGGAGCAGCGCAGUGAAAUGCGUUUUCAAAAAGGUUUCGGGCGGUGAAGAGCAGUUUCUGGAGGUGGAGACCCCGUUGCUGCUGGGGGCAGACGGCAUUCACUCGGAGGCACGGAAGCAUCUGCUGAGUGGGGCAGCAGGCGAGGGAGUGAGUGCGCGGGACAACGGCAGAACCAUCUGGAGGGCCAUCAUUGACAGCAGCCUCUGCCUGCACCCUCUGGUGCAGCCACGUCAGGUAAAUACAAUACUCGGUGUCAACCGUACUGCAACCGCCGCCGACUGUGGAGCAGGCAAACUCUUCUGGGCGUGUACACUCAUUGAUUCCGCCGAUCCGAGGGUCAGCAGCGCACGAUCCAAGGGGGGGGAGGAGGUGCGGGAGAAGAUUCUGCGGGCGUUUGAGGGGUGGGAUGUGGUGGAGCAGGUGGUCAAGGCCACUCCCCCCGACCUCAUCCUUGAACGCCGCGUGCUCGACCUCCCGCCCCUGCCCUUCUGGGUCAAAGGCAGGACGGCUCUCCUGGGAGAUGCGGCGCAUGCAGUGACGCCAGGGCUGGGGCAGGGCGCCAAUCUGGCGUUUGAGGAUGCGGCUCAGCUGGUGGAGUGCCUCCGGGGAAAGACCCAUGUCAGAGUCGCUCUUCGCUCCUUCCAAUCCAUCCGCAUGCCACGCGUGCAAGCGGUGAUAUCACGGAACGUCACCCACACAAAGAAGCAGUAUGAUGCAGGAAGGAAUGGGAGGAAAGCGGGCGGCGAUGGAAAUGACGCAGAUGGAUUGUCAGAGACUGAAGGUAAACAAUCGCCAUUGGCAGCGGCUGCGGCACAAGAGGGGAGUGAUCCUAAUGAGGACCUUUUUGGCUACGAUGUUGUGGUUGUUGCUGCGUCUGCGUCUGCGUCUGCUCCUGCUGCUGCUGCUGCUGCUGCUGCUGCUGCGAGCAGCUCGCAAGGACCAGCAGUGUCUGAGGCAGUCAUUGUGGGUGGAGGGUUGGCCGGCCUCGCAACUGCUAUUGGCCUCCGGAACAUUGGGAUUGACGCGCAGGUAUACGAGGCACGGGACAGGGUGGUAGGCGAGGGAACCCUCAUCACGCUCUAUCCCAACGGGCUCAGAGCACUCAGCAGAAUCGACCCUGCCAUUGUGCCCCAGCUCAUAGACCGAGGAGUACCGGACCCCACCAUUCUCGGCCGCUCUCCAACCGGCAGUAUCCUUUUCCAGUGGGACCUUGGGUCCAACAUGACUGCCCGGUUUGGCUUCCCCCUGCUGAACAUCCGCUGGCAAGAGGUCUUAGACGUGUUGCUUGGGAUGCUGCCGAACGACGCCGUCCAUGCCGGGCACAGGCUCGUGAGGUUCACGCAGGAAGAGGAGGAAAAGGAGGGGGGAGGAGGUGCUGAGGGGAGCGGCUCGGUGAAAUGCGUGUUCAAGGAGGUUUCGGGCUGUGAAGAGCGGUUGCUGGAGGUGGAGACCCCUCUGCUGCUGGGGGCAGACGGCAUUCACUCGGAGGCACGGAAGCAGCUGCUGGGCGGGACAGCAGGCAAGGGAGUGAGUCCGCGGGACAACGGCAGAACCCACUGGAGGGCCAUCAUCGACAGCAGCCUCUGCCCUCACCCCCUGGUGCAGCCACGUCAGGUGAACACCAUUCUCGGUGCCGACCGCACUGCAACUGCCGCCGAUGCUGGAGCUGGCAAGCUCUACUGGUCGCUCGCGCUCGUUGAUUCCGCCGAUCCGACGGUCAGCAGCGAGCCGUCCAACGGAGGGGAGGAGGCGAGGGAGAAGAUUCUGCGGGCUUUUGAGGGGUGGGAUGCAGUGGAGCAGCUGGUGAAUGCCACUUCCCCUGAGCUCAUUCGCGAGAGUCGCGUGCUUGACCUUCCGCCCCUGCCCUUCUGGGUCCAUGGGAGGGUAGCGCUCAUGGGAGAUGCGGCGCAUGCAGUGACACCAGCGCUGGGGCAGGGCGGCAAUCUGGCGUUUGAGGAUGCUGCUCAGCUGGUGGAGUGCCUCCGGGCGCACUCACAUGUCAGUGAUGCUCUCCGUUCCUUCCAAUCCCUCCGCAUGUCACGAGUGCAAGCGGUGUCAGCACGGAACACUGCUCAAACAAAGAAGGUGUUUGACAAGGAGAGAGAGGGGAAAGAGGGGAAAGAGAAGAAUGCAGCAGGUAGUGAUGAAAGUGAGGCGAAAGCAGCGCCAAAGAUCGAAGAAGUUCAAGCGGCAUCGGCUGCAGUGGCAGCAAGAGAGGGGCGUGAUCCUGACGAGGAGCUGUAUGGUUAUGACGUUGUGGUUCUGGAGUAG